AGUCCUGUACUGGUCUGUACUGGUAUGCACUGGGUCUGUACUGGGCCAUACUGGGCUGUGCAGUCCUGUACUGGGCUGUACUGGGCCAUACUGGGCCAUACUGGGCUGGGCAGUCCUGUACUGGGCUGUACUGGUAUGCACUGGGUCUGUACUGGGCCAUACUGGGCUGUGCAGUCCUGUACUGGGCUGUACUGGGACAUACUGGGCCAUACUGGGCUGUGCAGUCCUGUACUGGGACAAACUGGGCUGAGCUGUCCCAUACUGGGCUGUACUGGGUCUGUACUGGGCUGUGCAGUCCUGUACUCAGCUAUACUGGGCCAUGCAGUCCCAUACUGGUCUGUACUGGGCCAUGCUGGGCUGUUCUGGGCUAUGUCGGUUUGUACUGGUCUGUGCUGGGCCACACUGGGAUAUGCUGGUUCUUACUGGGUUGUGCUGGGCCAUACUGGUCCGUGCUGGGCCUUACUGGGCUGUUCUAGGCCAUACUGGGAUACGCUGGGUCUUACUGGGAUGUAAUGGUCUAUACUGGGCUGUGCUGGGCCAUACUGCUCCGCUUUGUACCGUACUGGGUCCUACUGCGUUGUACUGGGCUGUUCUGGGCCAUACUGGGCUAUACUGGGCUGUUCUGGGCCCUACUGGGCUGUACCGGGCCAUACCAAGCUAUACUGGGCUGUACUGGCCUGUACUGGGCUCUGCUGGUCUGUACUGGGCCAUACUGGGGUAGAUGGAGCCGUACCGGGCUGUGCUGAGCCAUACUGGGUCAUACUGGGCCAUGCAGUUGUACUGGUCCAUACUGGUACAUACUGGCAGGUACUGGUGGGUACUGAUGGGUCCGUACUGGUGGGUACUGGUCUGUACUGGUCUGUACUAGUGGGUACAGGUCCAUAGUGGUCUGUACUGGUGGGUACUGGUGGGUACAUGCUGGUGGGUACUGGUCCGUACUGGUCUGUACUGGUGGGUACGGGUUCAUACUGGUCCAUACUGGUCUGUACUGGUGGGUACUGGUCCGUACUGGUCUGUACUGGUGGGUAUGGGUCCAUACUGCUCCGUACUGGUCCAUACUGGUCCAUACUGGUGGGUAUGGAUCCAUACUGGGCUGUACUGGUGGAUACUGGCAGGUACUGACGGGUCCAUACUGGUGGGUACUGGCGGGUACUGGUCCAUACUGGCCCAUACUGGUCCGUACUGAUGGGUAUUGGUCCAUACUGGUCCAUACUGGUCUGUACUGGUGGGUACUGGUGGGUACUGAUGGGUCCAUGCUGGUGGGUACUGGUCCGUACUGGUCCAUACUGGUGGGUACGGGUCCGUACCGGUCCGUACCGGUCUGUACUGGUCUGUACUGGUCUGUACUUGUGGGCAUUGGUCUGUACUGGUCUGUACUGGACCGUAGGGGUGGGUAUGGGUCCACAGUGGUCCGUAUUGGUCCGUACUGGUCCGUACUGGUCUGUACUGGUGGGUAUUGGUCUGUACUGGCCCAUCCCCUGUCCCCACAGGCCCCGCGGCGACGCCCGGACGGGACCGAGAUGGAGCCCUGAGAGGAGGCGCCGCCGGGGCCGGCGGAGGAUGGCGAAGCUGCUGGUGCCCCUGGUGAUGCUGGGGGCGGUGGCGGGGUCCCACCGCUGCCCCCCCCGCUGCCUCUGCCCGGCGGCCGCCCCCAACCCCACCCUGCUGUGCGCCCGCACGGGGCUGCUGGCCGUGCCCCCCACCCUGGACCGCGCCGCCGUGGAGCUGCGCUUGGCCGACAACUUCAUCGGGGCCGUGGGGCGCAGCGACUUCGCCAACAUGAGCAGCCUGGUGCACCUCACCCUCUCCCGCAACGGGCUGCGCCGCCUGGCCCCCGGCGCCUUCGCCGACCUGCGGGCCCUCCGCGCCCUCCACCUGGACGGCAACCGCUUGCCCGCCCUCAGCGGGGCCCAGCUGCGGGGCUUGGCCAGCCUCCGUCACCUCAUCCUAGCCAACAACCAGCUGGCCGCCAUCGAGCCGGCCGCCUUCGCCGCCUUCGCCGCCACGGUGGAGGAUUUGGACCUCUCCCACAACAACUUACCGGCCCUGCCGUGGGAGGCGGUGGCCGGCAUGGCCAGUUUGGCCACCCUCACUCUGGACCACAACCUGCUGGAGCGGGUGCCCGCCGGGGCGGUGGCCCGCUUGCCCCGGUUGGCGCGGUUAGACUUGACGGCCAACCGCUUGCGGGCGUUACCGCCGGUGCCGGGGCCGCCAGGUCCCAGUUUGGCGGCGGGGGGCAACCCUUUGCAUUGCAACUGCGAGCUGCUGUGGCUACGGCGGCUAGCGCGGCCCGGCCGCCUGGAGAGCUGCGCCUCGCCCCCGCCGCUGGCCGGGCGCCUGCUCUGGGCCGUGCCGGAGGAGGAAUUGGCGUGCCGGGCGCCGGCCAUCGCUGGGGCGGCCGCCGACCCCGCCGCCGUCUUGGAAGGGCAACCUUUACGCUUGGGUUGCGCCGCCGCCGGCGACCCGCCGCCGGCGCUGCACUGGCUGGGCCCCGACGGGAGGCUGGUGCAGAACGGCUCGCGCCGCGCCGUGGGCGCCGACGGCUCCUUGGAGCUGCGGGUGGCCACCUUGGGCGACCACGGCGCCUUCACCUGCGUGGCCUCCAACGCUGCCGGCGAGGCGGCCGCCCGGGUGCAAGUGGCCGUCUUGCCUUUGCCCGUCCCCCGCGGCGACGGGGACGGGGAGGGAGAAGCCGGGCCGGGUCCUUCCGACAUGGCGCGGGCCGGCGGCAACGAGUCGCGGGCCACGGCGGGCGAGCGGCGCGUGGUGGCGGCCGAGCUGACGGGCUCCUCGGCGCGGAUCCGCUGGCUGCCCCAGCGCCACCUCCCCGGCAUCCGCAUGUUCCAGAUCCAGUACAACAGCUCCCUCGACGACUCCCUCGUCUACAGGCUGCUGCCCCCCUCCAGCCGGAGCUUCGUGCUGCGGGACCUGGCGGCGGGACGCCAGUACGACCUCUGCGUCUCGGCGCUCUACGCCGAGGGGGCCGCGGCGCUGCCCACCCCCCGCGCCCUGGGCUGCGUCCGCUUCGCCACCCCCGGGGAGGCCCCGGCCUGCGCCGCCCUCCCCCGGCCCCACUUCUUGGGGGGGACCGUCAUCAUCGUCAUCGGCGCCGCCAUCGCCGCCUCCGUCCUCGUCUUCAUCCUCAUCCUCACCGCCCGCUACAAGGCGGCGGCCGCCGCUCGACGCCCCCCCGCCGCCGUCGCCAGCGUCUGCUCCCAGACCAACGGCACCCACAGAACCCCCGAACCGGAGCCGCCGCCGCCGCCGCCGCCGGCCCCCCCGGCUCUCCCGCCCACCGCGCCCAUGGGUGCCGGCGGGCUGGGGGCGCGGGGGCUCUUCCCCAGCCACAGUUACCCCCGGCGCGCACGGACUCGGCGCCACGGCUCCCUGCCGCGCCUCGACCUGCCCGAGGGGACCCCCACCCUGCGCCCCUCCUUCGGCAGCACCCACUGGAUGCUGGAGAGCACCGUCUAGGGGAGGGGG